AUGCUUCGUCCCUGGGAAGUUGAGGAAAUAUCCUGCGUAGCUCAGUUCUAUAAAGCUCUUAUGGAAGAGCUUAGCGAUGCGAUCGAGGAAGACUUUGUGGCAAUUGCAAAGGAGAAAAUGGCUGCGCACGCCGAGGUCGGUGGUAAGCAGAAAGAUGACGUUGGGGAGGACAUUCCUGAUGGCGAGUGUCUUGGGCAUUGCAAUUUCAGUUGGCUAUGGGCUGUCGGGAAUACGAAGACGAGUUGGAAAUGGGAUGUCGAUCCUCCUGCUAACUAUGAGCUGAGAAAUCGGGGCUACGUCUUCUGGGACAAAGCACGGCUGCUAAAAUGUCAAGACUUCCAAUCUCCUCGUGAUCCAGUAAAGAAUGCUUUUGAGUUCCCUUCUGGCUACCAAGAGCAUUCUGAACGGCCGGGUAUCCAGACCAAGCUCAAAGAUCUCCCUAUCCGUGGGGAUUUUGUUGCAGAGAUCUUCUGUGACAGACUGUAG